AUGUUCCUGAAACUAUGCAGCGCUCGCGACUCCAACCAGUUCACCGUCUCAGUCAACGUGGAAGGCAACUCCACCGCCAUAUUUGUCUUGAUAUACGAAGAACUCCUGGUCCGUAGCAACGGAAUAUACAAUCAUGACAUAAACCUGCAUCCCGGUAACCUCGUGCCAAAUUUAAAAGUCGUUGUCAACAUCAAAGAACCACAAGUGAUUUCGACACUGCGUGUACCGGAACUGAGAACUGGAAAUGAUGUCGCCGCAACGGAGAAUGAUCCACAAAACAAGAACGCAGUCAUUGAGAAAGAUGAUGAUGAUCAAGGAGUGACCAUCACUUUUAAACCUGAUCUUGAAGAACAGAAAAGACUUGCUAAAGUAUAUUUGGAGAAGACAAAAGACAAAGAUUCAUCCAACAGAUAUAGUCGCAAUACGGAAACUACACAGACUAGUACAGUGCUAGGACAGUUUGUGGUGCAGUACGAUUUAGAACAACCCUGCACUGGUGAAGUCUUUAUAAGCGAUGGAUACUUCGCACACUUCUUCGCCCCAACCUCGUUGCCCCCCUUGGGCAAGAAUGUAAUAUUUGUCCUCGACAUUUCGGGAUCCAUGAUAGGACGCAAGAUAGAGCAGUUGAAGAGCGCCAUGAACACCAUUCUCUCCGACCUCAAUGAGUACGACCGCUUCAGCAUCGUCGUCUUCAACAGCAUCGUAACGGUUCAAGAUUUGAAAGACGCCGAUCUACCUGCACCGAAGACUCCUAUCUACUUCCCAACUGUCAACUCAAGCAGUAAAAACGUCACAUUGGUGCCACCAUCAGUUGCAUCGCCCGAAAAUAUCGCUAAAGCGAAGAAAAUUGUUAACAAAUUAGUAGCAAAUGGAGGAACUAACAUUUAUGAAGCUCUGUUAGUUGGAUUGAACAUCAAAGACAAGGGAGUUGAAUGGGAUACUGAGAAAAAAUCGACAAGUAAUAAAGGUUGCUCCCGGUGCAAUAGUGGAUGGGAAGAUGGAUGGGACGUUGAAUGGUAUGAGCCAGAGGAAAUACACAACAAGUUAGAGCCAGUCAUCAUCUUCCUAACAGACGGCCAGGCGACAGUGGGAGAAACGAAUACAAAUCGAAUUAUAGCAAACAUUACGAAGAAAAACUUUGAAAGUGAACCGGCUUCAAUUUACACGCUACCGCUUGGUAAAUCUUAUUAA